AAUCACAUUUAAACUAAACUGUGGGUAGUGAAUUUUGUCAUAUUAAGCUCAUUUUGAUCCAUGUUUUGAAUAUCAUAUGUUGUUUAAGUAGAUUCUUGAAUUUUUCUUUCACUCGUAGUAUUAAGAAAUUGAAGAAUUAGAAAUGGAAAUUGAAUUUCCAGGUUAUGACUGGAAAAAGUACAAUAAUGAUAAUGUGGACGAGCGAUCUGCAGAGGAGAGAGCCAUCGAUGACUGGCUUCCCAUCACUGCUUCAAGAAAAGCAAGAUGGUGGUUCUCAACUCUUCACAUUAUCACUGCUGUAGUUGGAGCCGGAGUCCUCAGCCUCCCCUAUGCCAUGUCCGAACUCGGAUGGGGAGCUGGAGCUGCAGCCUUGGUGAUAUCUUGGAUGAUCACUCUCUACACCUUGCUGAUAAUGGUACACAUGCACGAGAUGGUUCCCGGGGAACGCUUUGACAGGUACCACGAGCUAGGCCAGCGUGCCUUUGGCGACAAGCUUGGCCUGUGGAUCGUCUUGCCUCAGCAGCUCGUGUGCCUGGUCGGGGUCAACAUAGUUUACAUGAUCACGGGAGGCCAGUCGCUGAAGAAAUUCCAUGACUUGGUCUGCAAAGAUUGCAAGCAUAUCAAACUCACUUAUUUCAUCAUGAUCGUCUCAUCUGCUCACUUCGUCCUCUCCCAGCUCUCGAGCUUCAACUCAAUCUCCGGUGUGUCUCUGGCAGCAGCGGUUAUGUCUAUAAGUUACUCCACAGUCGCUUGGGGAGCUUCUCUAGGCAAAGGCGUGCAGCCAAACGUGCACUAUGGCCUUAGAUCGAAGACAACGGCUGGUGCUGUGUUCGACUUCUUCAGUGCGUUGGGGACGGUUGCUUUCGCCAACAGUUGCCACAACGUCGUGAUGGAGAUCCAAGCUUCUCUGCCAUCAACACCAGAUAGGCCGUCAGAGAAACCUAUGUGGAAGGGAGCCAUUGUAGCGUAUGUGAUCGUGGCCUUGUGCUACUUCCCCGUUGCUCUCAUCGGGUACUGGACUUACGGGGUUACAGUGGACGAAAACAUCUUGAUCACACUGCAAAGGCCUAAAUGGUUAGUUGCAAUGGCUAACAUGUUUGUCGCAGUACACCUCAUUGGAGGCUAUCAGUUAUAUGCCAUGCCCAUUUAUGACAUGACUGAAAUUGUGCUUGUAAAGAAGCUCAAGUUCAAGCAAACUUGGUAUCUGAGGUUUGUUACUAGGAAUACUUAUGUUGCUUUAACGAUGUUUAUUGCCAUUACAUUCCCGUUCUUUGGCUCGCUUGUCGGGUUCUUUGGAGGCUUUGCAUACGCGCCAAACUCGUUCAUCCUUCCCUGCAUCAUGUGGCUUGCCAUCUACCAACCAAGGAGAUUCAGCUUAUCUUGGUUGGUGAAUUGGGUGUGCAUAUUGGUGGGGGUUCUUUUGAUGGUUGUUGCACCCAUUGGAGGGCUAAGGCAGAUUAUUUUCCAAGCCAGAACAUAUCAAUUCUAUAAUUAGAACAUCUGUUUUUUCUACACAAUAGUUGUAAUAACAGAAAUUGGUUGCAAUUUUCUCAUAUGUAAGUUGAUCUUCAAGUA